AUGCCGGUCCUAGAGUCACGAGCUCGUUGCUACUAUUCAGGCGGGGUCCGCUACUGCGAACGGACCAACGCAUGGAACAGCUGGGUCCGCUGGUUAUUCCUCGGACUCAUCAUUGGCGGAUUUCUCCUCCUCUUCGUCCUCUGCUCCUGCGUCUCCGCCCGCCGUCGCCGCCGCGCCGGCCAGAUGCCCUUCCGCGGCACCGGCUGGGCCGUCCCCAACCAAGGCCAAUACCAACAUCAACACCCUCCGCCGCAGAACAACGCCGUCUACUACUCGCAACCCGCGCCGCCGUACAGCCCCCCUCCGCAGGGCGGAUACUACGGGAACCAGGGCCAGCAGCAAGGCUACGAGAUGAACAACCAGUCGUCGCAGCCGGCGUAUCCGACGCAGUCGUACGCGCAGGACGGCGGGAAUAUGUAUCAACCGCCGCCGGGGCCGCCGCCGGGGAAGGAUGGGGUGGUGAGAUAG